ACGGGUCACCUUCGUCAGUCCUGGACAUGAGCCCUCCCUAGGACGGACUCAGGGGAAUUUCUGCAUCUCUCGAAAAAGGCAUCCCACUCCUCGGGCGCUCUCCUCCCUGACUCCAUCCGCUUGUCUGCUCUGAAAGGCCCUCAAGACUGCUGCCGCUCCUCGUCUCCUCUCCUCUUCUCCCGUAGAGGGAUUUCUACGUCAUGGCUCGCCACUCUUUCCUCAAUGCCAGGAAAGGCCCGUGUCAUCGGGUGAUGUCUCUGUGUGUGUCGUCCACCAUCGUCCUGCUCUCCCUGCUCUCGGCUCCUGCCCUGGGACAGCUGGACAUGAACAGACUAGACGGUGACACUGUCUGCCCACCCAUGAGAAAUGGACAAGAUGACCUUCCAGGUUUCGAUCUGAUCACCCAGUUCCAGUUGGACGUCAUCCCCUUGAAGGGCGUCAGGAAAGUGGAGGGCUCCACAUCCCACCAGGUGGCCUACCGGCUCGACAGGGAGGCCAACUUCCAGAUUCCAACACGGCUUAACUUCCCUCGCGGCUUCCCUGAAGAGUACUCCUUCAUGACCACCUUCCGCAUGAUCAAGAACACCGUCAACAAAGUGUGGAACCUCUGGCAGAUCGUGGACGAGACUGGUGUCAAGCAGGCCGGCCUGCGUCUCAAUGGUGACCAGCAGGCCCUGGAGUUCUUCCUGACCACACUUGAUGGUGACCUCCAGACAGUGACCUUCCCCGGCCUCUCCGUUCUCUUCAACACCAAGUGGCACAAGGUCAUGGUGGGCGUAGAGAGGGACCAGGUCACCCUGGCCGUGGACUGCCAGCCGGUGGACCAGAGGCCCAUCAAGGAGAAAGGCUACAUCAAUACUGAGGGUGACACCCUCAUCGGCAGGCUGGAUGCUGACUCAAGCACUUCUGUAGUGUUUGAGCUUCAGUGGAUGUUGAUUCAUUGCGACCCAAAGAGAGCCCAGCGAGAGACCUGCAGUGAGCUCCCACAGACUGAGAUGUAUGCCAAUGCUGAGCCCGAUAAGCCCGUGGUCGGCCCUCCAGGCCCGGCAGGACCGGAGGGGCCUCGUGGGCCUCAGGGAGAGGCUGGCAGAGACGGCAGAGACGGUCUUCCAGGCACUCCUGGUAACAAUGGGGCAACUGGAGCCAAAGGAGACCAAGGGGAGAUUGGCCUGCCUGGACAAAGAGGUGUUCCUGGCCUUCCUGGAUCGCCUGGUUUGAUGGGGCCAAUGGGGCCGAGGGGACCUGUGGGUGAGAGAGGACUACCUGGUUUUCCUGGCCCUGCUGGACCUGCUGGAGAGCAGAAGCCUGGACCUCCUGGCCCCCCAGGGAAACCAGGCAUUCCAGGAGAUGAAGGCAACAUCGGACCUGAGGGCCCACCAGGCCCCAGAGGAGCUCUCGGUCUGCCAGGACCCCCCGGCGUCGCCGGACCACCAGGGCCAGCCGGCCCACCUGGGGCAGGCUCCAACGCAGAUGGGGAGCCUCAGUGUGAGGCUGCCUGUCCCGCCGGCCCUCAGGGGAUACCAGGCAUGCCAGGGAUGAAGGGACAUAAAGGUGUUGCUGGUACCCCAGGUGACCCAGGCACACCUGGAGAGAAGGGAGAUCAAGGACCUCAAGGAGAGGCAGGACCUCCUGGACGCAUGGGAGAUGACGGUCAGAGAGGGCCUAUUGGAUUUCAAGGCACUGCCGGAGAGAAGGGAGACAGGGGUCCUCCAGGUUACAACGGCAUCCCAGGGCCAACUGGACCCCCCGGAUCUCCCGGUGUAGAGGGCAUCAGAGGUCGUGAAGGUCAUGAGGGGCCUAAAGGUGAAGAGGGAGCAGCUGGCCCACCUGGAGCACAGGGACCUGCCGGCCCAAGAGGAGAAACCGGAGAGCCUGGUGUGGACGGCUUGGAUGGACUUCCAGGAGUCAAUGGAACCAAAGGAGAGGCUGGCACACCUGGACCAUCUGGCGUGAGGGGCAUUGUUGGAAUACCUGGGUUGCCUGGGAAACAGGGACUUAAAGGACCAGCUGGUGACAAGGGUGACACAGGAGCUGAUGGACUAAUAGGACCCAUUGGGCUUCCAGGCAAAACAGGUGAAACAGGAGCACCAGGCAAAGACGGCAUACCAGGAGCCAAGGGAGCCACCGGUGAGACGGGGAAGCAGGGUCCUGUGGGAGUGACGGGACUUCCUGGCGUCCAGGGAGAGAAGGGAGACAGAGGUCCUAUGGGCCCAAUGGGAAUCAAAGGUCACACCGGACUGAAAGGAGAUCAGGGUCCUAUUGGAGCAGUGGGUCCGAAAGGAAGUGAGGGUGAUCCAGGACUGCAGGGUGACUCAGGUGUCAAGGGUGACCAGGGUCCUCCGGGUAUUCAAGGACUUAAAGGCGAGCGCGGAGAGAAGGGACAGCAAGGUGACGUGGGACUUGACGGACGUCCCGGACAGCCCGGCCACGAGGGACAAACUGGCCCGCAGGGUGCUCGUGGACUGGAGGGGGAACGUGGAGUAGCAGGACCUCCAGGGCCCCGGGGUCUGCCUGGCCCUAAAAUUGCUGAUGAAAAAAUUAGAGCUAUGUGUGCUGCAGUGGUUGAAGAGCACCUUGACGCCUAUAAGAAAGAGCUUGCGAUGAAACCGCUGCCCAUCGGUGCUCCAGGAACCCCUGGCCCCGCUGGGCUACCUGGUCCCCCAGGACCCCCCGGUGCUAACGGGGAACCCGGCGCCAGAGGAUUCAUGGGUCCUAAAGGUCCUCCAGGCUUCUACGGCCUACCUGGUAAACCAGGUGCCAAAGGUGAUACUGGAGAUAAAGGAGAUAAGGGAGAAGAUGGCGUAGGUAUCAAGGGAAGCCAAGGAGAGCCAGGAGCUCAGGGUGAGCCUGGCAUCCCCGGCGUCGGUAAAGAUGGCAAAGACGGUGCUCGUGGCGAAGCUGGAACCCCUGGCCUCCCCGGCCCCCCCGGCACCCGUGGCCCCACUGGCGCCCCUGGCCUCUGUGACCCCUCGACCUGUGUGGGGAGACCCCAGCCCCUCUACCUGAUGAGUGGCAAAAAGCCCUACUACAACAAGGGCCACUGAACGCCGCACUCACGUCACGUCACGGAUAAGCUUCGUCACCAUCAUCAUCCCCAAGGUCCUCUCAGCCAAUAGGAUGAAGAGGACGGGGGACACCCGUCCACAAGGAGAACAGCAAGAUGUCUCCGCAGAGCACAGCACACAGUGAACAUUAAACCAGCCAGACAAACUGUAGCUUUUACACAUACGUGUGAACGCGCUUCCUUUUCUUGAAACGUUUUCAGUGCAUGGAAAGGAUAUUGUGUUUUGUAUAUACUGUAGAAAAAAUAACGAAAGGGGAUUAAUCAAGAUGCCAAUCAACAUUGAAUGAACACUUAACAGUAUUGCAGUAGUAUCUGAAUGGAAAUAGACGUGAUGCUGAGUGAAUGAAAUAAAUUAUGCAGACUCAAGUGAGUGAAUCAUGGGCACCUGUGAAAAAUGCAAGCACAACAUUGUAUCAACGUAGAUCAAAUGUAUCAUAAGAUCACUCAGUUCUCAGCAAACCCCACUGAUUAUGCUAUUUCCACACAAGUUUGCUACAGUAAAUGAAUAGCUGGUACCUGUCUUGUUGAAGCCGUAAUGAUUUAGCAAGGCCCAGGAGCAUACUACAUCAUUCUACACCACUCUUCGUAGUUGCUAUAGAAAUGUGGAGAAGGAAGACAGUUUGGCCAGUGUUUCUGUGUUUGUAUAAAAAGGUUUCCUUUAAAAGCCAUAGAACUCAUGUCACAAAAUUGGUUAAACUAAAGAAUCCAUUCUUUUUUUCUAAGUUUUCUUUGGGUAAAAAAAGGAAAAUAAACUUUCUAAAUUUGUGUGAAA